CCACAUUGUGUGCUAGUUUCUGUAAAAUAGUUACACAUUGUCAGAAGCUGUAUGCUUUUCUAAAAUAUAAAUCGAAAUAAGCAAUGCGUCGACUUGGGUCAGUACAGCAAAAAAUAUCGUGUGUUUUUCAGACUGAAGUGAAGAAUGAGCCUUCAACGAAACGCGAAUAUCAGAAAUUCAGAGUUUUAGCAACUGAAACCCUGAACCCUAAGGUGCAGGAAUCAGACAUAACAAGUGCAGUUCCAACUGAAAAACUGGAUGGCACAUGCUGCUAUGUAUCUACUUACAAAGGGAAACCAUAUCUUUGGGCUCGACUGGAUAAAAAACCCAACAAGCAAGCUGAGAAGAGGUUCAAGAUGUUCCAGCAUUCCAAAAAGGUUUCUGAAUGUAAAGCAUUUGUCUGGAACGUAAAAGAAGACUUCAGAUCAGUUCCAGAAUCCUGGAUUAUUGCUCAUGGAGUUACACAGUGCAAUGGAUAUCCACAGCCAGAUGAAAAUGGUCACAUUCCAGGUUGGGUUCCGGUAGAGAAUGAUAACAAGCAGUACUGCUGGCAUUCUUCUGUGGUAAAUUAUGAGAUUGGAGCAGCACUGGUUUUGAGACCCCACGCAGAACAUCAGGAGCUCCUUGAAAUCACAACAGUGCCACUGCAUGAGCUUCUUGAGCAAACCUUAGAACUUAUAGGAACCAACAUUAACGCAAAUCCAUAUGGACUAGGCAGUAAAAAGCAACCAAUUCACCUGCUUGUUUCUCAUGGUGUGCUGGAAAUCCAAAGUCCCCCAGCUGUGAACUACCAGCAGCUGUUAGGAUGGUUUCAGGGAUGUGAAGAAGGAAAAGUGGAAGGCAUUGUUUGGCACUGUUCUGAUGGAACCUUAAUUAAGCUUCACCGUCACCACCUGGGUUUGCGAUGGCCAAUUGAAGACACUUUCUUGAACUCAAGACCAGUUCUCGUCAAUGUUGAUCUGACUCGUUACGAGUGGGAUUUCAGACCAAAGUCUUUAUUUACAACUUUUUCAGAGUUCAAUGGACGGCAGUUUGACCAUUUAAAAGACAUCUGUUUUGAAUAAUGACCAACCACAAUUAACAGCUUUGACUACGGCUGAAGGAAUGGAGCCAUGAAGAACACAACUACAGUUAAAAAAUGUGCACAUGUGAGGGUGAGAGGUCAUUUAUUAUGUAGAAAAAAAAGCAAGUCGUGCAAAAAAUGCCUUGCGCAACUCAGUGGCAUUUUGUUGAGGACCACCGCAUGUUUACUGUCCUCUGGAGAAUAAAUAAAUAAAU